AGUGUUUCUUGACAAAAGUGACAAAAGCAAGCGCGGACAUCGCUGCACAGACCACAAGCUGCUCAGCCCAAGAGAGGUUAAACUGCUGCACAUUUGCACAGCAAAAUUAAAAACCCUGGGAAAUUGCUUCAGAGAUCCAAGAGGCACGGGAGUCCCUUUCCAUUUCUCGAAACUUUGGACCGAGGAGACAAACGACUUGUCUCCUGCAUUUCUUUCUCUCUCUCUCUCUCUCCCAGUAUGGCUUCGUGGGACCUGUCAGUGACGGUGGAGGACCUGGGAUCUGAUGCGCCUCCUGUCACCGUCAGCGUGACCUCUGACCUCCACGUCGGAGGGGUCAUCCUAAAACUGGUGGAAAAGACACAGAUCAAGCGUGAUUGGUCAGACCAUGCGCUGUGGUGGGAGCAGAAGCAGCGGUGGCUGCUGCGGACAGCCUGGUCUCUGGAGAAAUAUGGCAUCCACGCCGACGCCAGGCUGUUCUUCAUGCCCCAGCAUAAGCCCUUGAGGCUGUGUCUGCCCAGUGGCAUCACCCUGAGGCUCCGAGCCUGCUUCUCCAACCCCGUCUUCCAGACCGUGAUGGGCAUCUGCAAAAUGCUCAACAUCCGUCACCCCGAAGAGCUGUCACUCCUUCGGCCUGUAGAGUACAAAAAGAAGAAGAAAGAUAAAGACUCGACUGAGGAGAUCUACGACCUGACCGAGGUGCCCCUGACCUCGGUGUCUCGGCCCUGUCUGUAUGAUGGCAUGCCAGCUCACUUUGCUGACUCACCUCAGAUGGAGGCCAUCUACAAGAUGCUGUCAGUCACCCAGCCUCCCCCCACCCCCGAGGUCAUAGCCAAGCAGUACCGCGCAGCCAGUGUGGUGGACAAGGCUCACAUCCAUGGCAGGUGGUUGGACUCAUCCCGCUGUCUUAUGCAGCAGGGCAUCCAAGAAAAUGACAGAGUCUGGAUUCGCUUCAAGUACUUUACGUUCUAUGAUAUGGAUCCCAAGUACGAUGUUGUGCGUCUCACCCAGCUGUAUGAGCAGGCGCGCUGGGCCAUCCUGCUGGAGGACAUCGACUGCACCGAGGAGGAGAUGAUGCUGUUUGGAGCUCUACAGUACCACAUCAGUAAGGUGUCUCAGUCCGAGCCCCAGAUGCUGAGCUCCAGUGCAGCCAUGGAUGACCUGGAGUCCGCCCUGCAGUCCCUGGAGGUCAAGAUGGAGUCAGAAGGCAGCUCUGCAUCUGAGAUGCUGGAAAACAUGACUGCACCAGAACUCAAUGACUAUCUGAAGAUUUUCAGGCCAAAGAGGCUGACGCUGAAGGGAUAUAAGCAAUACUGGUUCAAGUUCCAGGACACCUCCAUCUCUUAUUUCAAGAGCAAAGAGGAGAGCAUCGGAGAGCCUAUUCAACAGAUUAACCUCAAAGGAUGUGAGGUGGCUCCUGAUGUUAAUGUGACAGCACAGAAGUUCCUUAUCAGACUCCUUAUACCGGCCCCUGAGGGCAUGAACGAGGUCUAUCUGCGAUGUGAAAACGAGCAGCAGUACGCUCAGUGGAUGGCUGCAUGUCGACUGGGCUCCAAAGGCAAGACUCUGGCUGACAGCACUUUCGAGAACGAGAUCCAGAGCAUUCGCUCCUUCCUGGCUAUGCAAAAGACCAGCUCCAGUUCCCAUGGCAACGCACCUGCCAACGAUGAAAGCAUCAAUACUCACAGUCUGGUGUCGCCACGCUACCAUAAGAAGUACAAAGCCAAACAGCUGACCCCUCGUAUCCUGGACGCCUAUCAGAACGUGGCUCAGCUCUCACUGACAGAUGCAGUGAUGCGCUUCCUGCAGAUCUGGCAAGCCCUGCCUGACUUUGGACUCUCAUACUUUGUUGUCAGGUUUAAGGGAAGUCGAAAAGAUGAAGUAAUGGGAAUAGCUCCCAACCGUCUGAUCCGCAUCGACCUGGGCGUGGGUGAUGUGGUGAAGACCUGGCGCUACAACAAUAUGAAGCAGUGGAAUGUCAACUGGGAUAUACGACAGGUGGCCAUAGAGUUUGAAGGCAACGUCAAUAUUGCUUUUAGCUGCGUGACCGCCGACUGCAAAAUCGUUCAUGAGUUCAUCGGAGGCUACAUUUUCAUGUCGACGCGCAGUCGUGACAAGGGCGACGUGCUCAAUGAGGAGCUUUUCCACAAGCUGACCGGAGGCCACGAAGCUCUCUGAGACUAAAACUUACAACAACAAAACAAAUAUGGAUGUUUCACAGCAUACAUCAGAUCUCCUAUGUGUCUCAGCAGUGGAAAACCAUGUAGAGUAGGAAUUCAUGUUCCAUUUAGGCGACCGCAAAAGGUCAAAAUAAGAUAUUCUGACCAAGUGUUACAACCCACCUUGUCAGUUCAUCCAAGCUUUUAUAUAGUCACACACACACACUGUCAUAAGCUACAUCAUUGGAUGGAUUACUUAACAUGUUCAGACAGGUCAAGACUCCACUGGUUGUCCUGCUGAUUUCCCCUUAACUUCAGAACGGGCUACUCAUGGAAAGGUAAAAUCAACAGGAACACGACAAGAAACACCAACAACAUGUAGGAAAAUACAAUUAAUAUGAAAUGUUUUCCCUAAUAAACUUAUGAAGAAA